GAGAGAUUUAUGAAAAGGGUACGAACAGAAGCAGAAGCAGAUAAAGUAGCUUUUGGGUUCCCUUUUCAUUGCAAUUUCCGAUCGAAAUUCUUUUAUUCGAUCUCACACAAACAGAAAUUUGAUUGGGAUUUUUACCAUUGUUAAUCUCGUUCUGUUUGUCUCUAUCUUCCGCCCGCCUUUUUUCAUCGUCAUCUUCCACCUAACCAAAACCCACUCCAAUCAAUUCUCUAUUAUAUAUUCUUUAUCACUAAACAAUCGGAAACCACCUCGGUUUCCUUCAUCCAUCGUCAGCUUCUUCUUCUUCUUCACUUUCUUGACUAAUUCUUUUUAUUAAAAUCCCUAAAAUCCCAUUUUGUUUACACCCCAUUAUCUCCAAUUUUUAUGUGUGUGUGCGUGUCUUUCUUUUUCUUAUAGUCACGCGCACAUACGUAUUUGAUUUCACUUCUUUCGUUAUCCCAAUAUUUACCCUUGUUUCAGUUUUGAAUUUUGGUACCAGAUAUGGCGGAUUUGAAUGGUGAAGCUGACAUUUUGAAUUCUUCUCCACAGCUGGAGAAGCUCAUUAUCGAUACCGAUCCUGGAAUCGAUGAUGCCAUGACUAUCUUCAUGGCAUUUCAAAGUCCAGGAUUGGAGAUCUUGGGACUAACUACAGUUUUUGGCAAUGUCUUCAUUGAAGACGCGACGCUUAAUGCCUUGCUUCUGUGUGAGAUGGCAGGCCGUUCGGAUGUUCCUGUGGCUGAAGGCAGAGCUGAACCCCUGAAGGGUGGAACACCUCACAUUGCUGACUUUGUACAUGGUUCUGAUGGACUUGGGAAUUUAAAUCUACCAUCUCCAAGUACGAAGAAAAUUGAAAAAUCUGCUUCUGAUUUUUUAGUUGAGACGGUUUCUCAGCAUCCUGGUGAAGUAUCUAUACUUGCACUUGGGCCUCUCACAAACUUGGCUCUGGCAAUCAAAAUGGAUUCUACCUUUGCCAGCAAGGUGAAAAGGAUUGUUAUACUUGGUGGUGCUUUCUUUGCUCUAGGGAAUGUGAGCCCUGCUGCUGAAGCAAAUAUCUAUGGAGAUCCAGAAGCAGCAGAUGUUGUAUUCACUUCUGGAGCAAACAUUGAUGUGAUUGGGAUAAACAUCACCACACAAGUUAAACUUACAGAUGACGACCUCCUUGAAAUAAGGGAAUCCAAAGGAAAACAUGCUCAAGUCUUAUGUGACAUGUGCAAAUUCUACAGAGAUUGGCAUGUCAUGUCGGACGGGGUUUAUGGCAUCUUCCUCCAUGACCCUGUUUCAUUUGUGGCUUUAGUUCGCCCCGAUCUCUUUACAUUCAAGUCUGGUGUUGUGAGAGUUGAAACUCAGGGAAUCUGUGUAGGUCAUACAUUGAUGGAUCAAGGAAUCAAGAAAUGGUCUGGAAGCAAUCCCUGGACAGGUUAUUCCCCAGUGUCUGUAGCAUGGACUGUCAAAGUGGAUGAAGUCACCAAAUACGUUAAGGAUCUAUUGAAGAAACCGUGAGUGUUGAAUGUUUAAUUGUUAAUGAAAUGUCACAAGCAAAGCAAUCUUUGUUUGCUGAUCCUUUUUUCUUUUUUUUUUUAAUCUUCCCCUUUUAGAACUCUCAUUUGCAGAUAGUGGAAAAGCAUAUAAAUAACUAAAAUCUCAAUUUGAUCAACCUCCACUUUCCCUUGUGGAUGUUUGAACAAACAUUCUGUUAUUUACCAGAAAUAUCUUCUGCUUUUA